GAAACUUCCUGGGGCUGCGCACUGCGUGAUGCAUUCCUGCCCUCAAACACCUACACUCACUUUCAUUUCAAACACAGGAAGUCGAGUAACUAAAUAGCCGUUUCCAUUUCCUCAUGCCGCUGGUUUUUCCCAGGUGCACAGGAUAAAUAGUGGACGGGGUUAACAUGACGGCGAAUAUAAAGCAAAGCAGAUCCCCUGGUAAACGGUCAGAGAAAGAAGAGACACGCACACACACGCAACAACAAACACACACGGAGAAAGACAGAGGAUGGACCUGAAGCAGAUUCUCAUCUUUGGACUUUUAACCGCGUCCGUGUGGACGGAGAAGAUGUACCGGUGCUAUGAUGAACACGAGCUGGAUGAUGCAGCGGAGAGAAAGCUGAGGACGCACUACCCGCAGGCUGCGGACACUUUACCUGCUCAGGCAUCUGACACACCUGCCGGGUGCCCCGUCGCGCUUUUCCAGCAGGCGACACCAAAUCAGCUCAGCCACAGGUCCGUGUCCCCCUGGAGAUACAUACUUAAAACACUGAAUGGUCACUUUCCUUCCACCUACACGGAGGCUCAGUGUCUGUGUUCUGGGUGCAUCCUCAUCAAGGACCCGGACUCAGACCCGGACAAGACACCACUCCCGGUGGAGAGCUACGACUACAACUCAGUCCCUAUCAAGCAGAGCAAGGUGUUUCUCAAGAGGGAGCUCUGCAGUGAUGGGAAGAAAUACUAUUUGAAGCCUGUUACCCUGGAUGUAGCUGUGGGCUGUACCUGCGCCAGAGUCAAAACCACCUCCUCUUAGAGGGGAUCUAUGUAGACCUGCGGCUACGGCGGUUCAUGUGUUUGUUUUAAAAUGCGCCAAGUUCUCGAGAAAGUGUAACUCAAGGCUGUUAGGUCUUGCAGUGUGUUGGUAAAGCUUUAAAAGUCAAAGCUACAUCAGCCUAUUUUUGUAGGCCUUGUUAUUAUCACAAUGAUGACAUAUUGAGACUUCUCUGAAGUCUGAAGUGUCUUUUGUAGGUCUUUAUUGGCCUUGUUUGCUCUUUACUAUGACUAGUUUCCUGCUCUGGAUACUGUCAUCGAAAUACAUAGCUAUUAUAUAGUUUUGAUAUAUAAUAUUGUACUCGCUAAUAAUAUUUUAAUAUCUAUUUAUUUGGUUUGUGUGGCAUAUUACAUGUUUGAGGAUUUAAAGACUUUGGAAUGAUCAUGAGCAGAUGAAGAUGAUAUUUAUUUACUUUAUUUAUGUCUUGAUAUCUUGUAGGUUUGUCCCAAUGGGACUUUUGUCUGAUCAAGAUUUAAAAGUUCAGCUUCUUUGAAGCAAAAAUAAAGAAACAUAUUUUAUGGGAAA